GAUACAAAGUACAUACGAAAUUACAGUUUGAAGUUUAUGCGAAGUUGUGCGAAGUUAUGCAAAGUUCGCAUAAUCAGACCAUUACUUAAGCUCAUAGAGAAACUUUAUUUCCUCUUUACUUUACUUCCUGAGAUAGCAAAUAGAUUGGCCAGCCUGAUUUGACCCUUUGCUGACACUAGACAAAAAAAAAUAAUUCAAACAAUAUAAGAGAGAGAAGAGGUGGUACCCUAUAGGACUACGCCGGGGAAAUAUAUUUACUGUGUACUGAAGAGAUUUCAACUUAUACUUCACCAGCCAAAGAAGAAACUGAAACUAGCAGAGAAGCGGUCACCGUAACUUAGUGCUUGAGCAUGCAUCCUAAAACUCGGUAGGGCACAGGUUCGAUUCUUAUUCCAACAUUCAAGUAUUUUUCUAUUAACGUUCACCUCUCGGCAGUCAAUGGCAAACCAACGAAAUUAUUUUCAUAAAUGAACACAUUAAACUUUUCUUUGUUAGAAAGUGACGUAAAAGUAAAUGUUCCUCCCUUUAUUUGUCCACCACCACCAGCAAAUGUGGGAGAACCAUUUUCACAAAGUAUCCCGCGUUAUGAUAAAGGACUCGAAGCGUUACGAUCCCCAUCAGUGGAUGCCGGCUAACUAAUUUAUUUCUUGCCGUGCGGAAGGAGGAUGGUAGGAACUUCAAUCACAUCCAGCUUAUGCAUGACGUGGACAGCAUCAGAGGAAAAAGUGGACUUAGCAACUUUUCACUCUAAACUAGCCACAUUAACGGCACUCCAAAAAGCUCGAAAUAAAACCAAAACAUACACAAGUAGAAGAGUAACGGAAAUUAUAUUUUUUAUUUACACCAUGGACGUUUUAACAGAAAACUUACUUUGGGAAGACAAAGAAAUUAAAUUCGACACACCAAAUAUACAAAACCAUCUGCGUAAUGGUGAAAAUGUUUUGGAUACCAUUUACCACAUCGAGGAUACGAAAGGCAAUCCUGGAGAUACUGGACGACUCUUAGCAACCAACUUGCGUAUUAUUUGGUAUUCCCUAUCGCAUAAAAAAUAUAAUUUGUCUAUCGGCUAUGCUCGCUUUGUCAACACCAACACACGCUCAGUGGUCCCCAAAGUGGGUGGCCCUACCCAAGCGCUCUACAUACUGGCAACCGGCAGUAAUACGCGUUUUGAAUUUCUCUUCACUGAUGUCUCUGGCGAUACGGCACGCAGGAAUACGCCAAUUUUCCAAAGCGUUUUCGAAAUAUAUCAAUUAUAUCAACGCACAUACCUGUACAGAGACCUGAAAUUACGUGGCGCCAUUGUACUAUCGGGACAACUGAUAAUUAUGCCAGACGAAUUGGUCUAUAAUAAUGUUAACGGUGUUUGGAAUUUGUCUAGCGAUCAAGGCAAUUUGGGUUCAUUUGUGGUGACCAAUAUACGUUUGGUGUGGUUUGCCGAUGCCAAUGAUACUUUCAAUAUUAGUUUACCCUAUCUACAAAUUGCAAACAUACGCAUUCGUGAGUCGAAGUAUGGGCCCGCGCUAGUUAUACAAACAGCCGAAACUGGAGGUGGCUAUGUGCUCGGCUUUCGCAUAGACCCGGUUGAACGGCUGAAUGAAAUCUACAAGGAACUCAUAUCACUGCAUGCCAUUUAUUCGGAGAAUCCCAACUUUGGCGUACGUUAUGACUCAGCGGAUGCACAAAAACGAUUAGCUAGCAUGAAAGAGGCCGAGGAAUUCAAGCCCGAUGAGUUUCUGGAGAUCGAUGAACGUCAAGAGCGCGAGGUCAACACUAAACUUAAUACCUAUUUGGCAGAAGGUACUGCAGUAACCGGCACUGAGGCACCAACACGGGAACCGGUCUAUUGCAAAGAGUUGGGAUUCGCAAUGGAGCGUAUACGUGACGGCUACAAGUUACAGGAUUUAUGGGAUGUAUUGCCGCGGGUAGAAGGAGAGUAAGAAUACAUAAGUAAAUGUUUUGAGGAUACACGUAGUAUUUCUAAAAAAAUAAAAUAUGUACUGAAAGCUUUGAA